GUUGGGGAUCCGGCCUGCCUUAGUGGUGCCAGUGCUGUGGGGUUGAUGAGCUACGUGCCUGUUCCGUCGGGCAGCCGCACUCCCGUCCACCCCGUCUACCUGUCCUUCCGCGGCCACCCCCUGCGCUGCUGGGCGCCGAGGCCCCAGCGCGCGUGCGCGGUGCUCGCGGGGCCGGGGCGCCUGCCUGUGCGCUGCUGGCACUCGUCGAGUCCGCUGCGCGAUGACUCCGUGGUGGAGAAGUCCCUCCGGUCCCUCAAGGACAAGAACAAGAAGCUGGAGGAAGGCGGCCCGGUGUACAGCCCUCCCGCACAGGCGGCCGUGGGGAAGCCCCUGGGGCAGCGGGUCCUGGACGAGCUGAAGCACUACUACCACGGCUUCCGCCUGCUCUGGAUCGACACCAAGAUCGCCGCGCGCACGCUCUGGCGCAUCCUCCACGGCCACAGCCUGACCCGCCGCGAGCGCAGGCAGUUUCUCCGCAUCUGCGCUGACCUCUUCCGCCUCGUGCCCUUCCUGGUCUUUGUGGUGGUGCCCUUCAUGGAGUUCCUGCUGCCCGUCGCUGUGAAGCUCUUCCCCAACAUGCUGCCGUCCACGUUCGAGACCCAGUCCAGCAAGGAGGAGAGGCUGAAGAAGGAGCUGCGGGUCAAGCUGGAGCUGGCCAAGUUCCUUCAGGACACCAUCGAGGAGAUGGCCCUGAAGAACAAGGCUGCCAAGGGGAGUGCCACCAAAGACUUCUCCGUGUUCUUCCAGAAGAUCCGCGAGACGGGCGAGAGACCCAGCAAUGAGGAAAUCAUGCGUUUUUCCAAGCUGUUUGAGGACGAGCUGACCCUGGACAACCUCACGCGCCCGCAGCUGGUGGCGCUGUGCAAGCUGCUGGAGCUGCAGUCCAUCGGCACCAACAACUUCCUGCGCUUCCAGCUCACCAUGAGGCUGCGCUCCAUCAAGGCGGACGACAAGCUGAUCGCCGAGGAGGGCGUUGACAGCCUGAACGUCAAGGAGCUGCAGGCGGCGUGUCGGGCGCGAGGCAUGCGGGCCCUGGGUGUCACAGAAGACCGCCUGCGGGACCAGCUGAAGCAGUGGCUAGAGCUGCACCUGCACCAGGAGAUCCCGACAUCGCUGCUCAUCCUGUCCCGGGCCAUGUACCUUCCUGAGACCCUGUCACCCGCUGACCAGCUCAAGUCCACCCUGCAGACCCUCCCGGAGAUCGUGGCGAAGGAAGCCCAGGUGAAGGUGGCCGAGGUGGAGGGCGAGCAGGUGGACAACAAGGCGAAGCUGGAGGCCACGCUGCAGGAGGAGGCGGCCAUCCAGCAGGAGCACCGCGAGAAGGAGCUGCAGAGGAAGAGCCAGGCGGCCGCGGCCCAGGCAGCAGAAGAGGAAAUAACUCAAGAGGAAAUUGAUGUACUCAGCAAUGCGUGCUCGAAACUGAAGGAGCAGAAGAAAUCCCUGACUAAGGAGAAGGAGGAGCUGGAGCUGCUAAAGGAGGACGUCCAGGACUACAGCCAGGAUUUACAGGAAAUCAAGAAGGAACUUUCAAAGACUGGUGAAGAAAUGUAUGUGGAAGAGUCUAAAGCCAGCAAGAGACUGACCAAGCGGGUGCAGCAGAUGAUCGGGCAGAUGGACAGCCUGCUGGCGCAGCUAGAGGCCGACCAGAAGGCGGGCAAGCUGGGCCCUGCUGCUGAGGGUGCGCCUGCAGGGGAGACUGUGAUCAGCGUCUCCGAGCUCAUCAGCGCCAUGAAGCAGCUCAAGCACAUUCCCGAGAGCAAGCUGCUGAGCCUGGCCUCGGCGCUGGACGACAACAAGGAUGGCAAGGUCAACAUUGACGACCUCGUCAAGGUCAUCGAGCUGGUGGACCAAGAGGACAUCCACAUCUCCACCAGCCAGGUGGCCGAGAUCGUGGCCACGCUGGAGAAGGAGGAGAAGGUGGAGGAGAAGGAGAAGGCCAAGGAGAAGGCAGAGAAGGAGGCGGCCGAGGUGCAGAGCUAGGGCUGGCCCAGCCCCCGGCCCGCAGGCCCUCGCGCCCCCUCCCGCCGCAGUGGUCCCAACGUGAUGCUGAUUGCUUUGAAGUGAUUCUUAGUGACGGACCUAAUAUUUUAUCUGGAAUAAAUCAGAAACUUCAUAAUCAAGUAAUUUUUAACACUCAUCAUUCCAUGAAGAUUGAGUCAGCUCGGAGCCCCCGUGCCCAUCCAGGGAGGCUUCUCUGGGUCAGCAGGGGCCCCGCGCUGUGGGGUCCCAGCCGUGGUGGGCUAGGGUGGCCGGCCGGUGACGGUUGUGGCCCUGCACACCCCCCGGCUCCUGAGGCGGCUCGGGCCUUCCCGCUCACCCCCUGGUGGCAUCUGCCACGGAGGAGAGGACCCGCCGCAGGGGUGCACCGGGCAGACACAGCCUCCUCGGCCUGGAGAAGCUGUUUCGUGUGUCACGGACUUGGAUUCCUGAGCGUCAGUGUGAACCAGUGAGCAGACCACACCUGCCAUCUCCGUGGCUCCCGGGAACCUCGUCUGACGCUCUCGUGUGGGCAUCCACGUCCUUUCCUGAGUGACCUUGGAUUCUCACCUAAUCCUUCAACCAGCUAGCUAGCGCCGAGCUUCCUCGUGCGCCAGUCUGCCCAGCUGAGCAAAGUGAGCGUCAGUUACGCCAGGAAAGGUGCUGAUGAAGCCCUUGAAAAGGAAGCCUCCCCUGUGCAGGAAUUGGUCACGCUUCGUCAUCGCCUCACCCCCCAUCCUGGGUGUUCAGAUGGAUUUCAUUGCGUCUCACCCCAGAGGGCGCUCGAGGGGCCUGUCUGCGUCCGCCUGAGGCCCUUGGCCUCGUGCAUGCCUCAGGUCGGGGAGCCGAGUGGCUGUGGCCCAGCACCGUCUGGCUCUCUCUCUGGAGGCUUGGGCAGAGCCGACCAGAGCGCUCCGUAGGGAACUGAUGUGGGCCCUGGGAGACGGGGGGCUGGUGGGGCUGGCGGGACGAGCAAAGGGGACAGCUUCUAGAUGAUUUGAAACCUGGUGCUCAGCCGCUGAUGGACCUUGGACAAGAGGAGUAGCUCUGAGUCCUCCAGUGGACACCCAUGUGAGGGGGCGGUGGGUGCUAAAGGUUUUUAUUUCAGUUAUUUAAGGGGGCGUGUUCUAGAGGCUUCCUUGGUAUUUAUUAGUUAUCUCACUUGUUUAGUGGCCCAGUUUUCUGCUGCAGAAAUGUGUGUGCUUGUGAACCUCGUGGUGGCCGGCGUGCUUGAGGAGAGGCUAGUCUUUUCCGGCUCCAUCCUCAUCUCGCUGCCUUUGCCGGGCACCUGGGGUGGUCCCCACAUGCUGUCAAGCCCCCGACCUCCCCGCAGGGUCUGCCACAGGCAGCAGGCAGACCCCCCCCCCCAACUGCCCCCACCCUGGCGCGGCGGGCCCCUCCUCCAGCAUCUGUACCCCGGGCCUGUCUGCUGCAGGCUUCCCCUUGGAGUUGCUUGUUUUUAUUGUCCUGAACUUUAUUUAUUACAGCUGAGGUGAGUGCCUGGGUGCAGGCAUAACGGGUGAACAGUGCUGGGAUUGAGCGUGGGGUGUGAUGCGGCGUCGGGGUGGCUGGCUGUCGGCUGGGUGCCCGGGGCCUGCACCCACCUUCCUGAGCUUUCUCAGGAGUGCGCUUGAGUCCCCGGGACCAUGACACCAUGCCGCAUUCUUCCUGCUUUGCACCAGCUGAACACCCCCCUGUUAUGAAGGAUUCAGGAGACUGACGUAGCUUCCAGAGUCGCUUUGGAAUAUCCAAUUUCAGAUUUUAAAAGCAAAGGGCACCAUGUAAUUAGUGCAGCAUCACCUCCAGGCAGUGACCCUCAUAGCAGGCCCAGGACCAGCUUCGCCUGAGGGCUGCCUCCUUGGGCUGUGUGUAAACACCUUUUCUAGAAAUAGCUUUUUUAAUUAAAAUAUCAAACUCAUGUUCAUGUAACAGCUCAGAGCAAGAUUUCUGAAUCCCGGGGCCCGUCCACAGUUAGGGUGGGAAGUGGCAGGGUUGUCUGAGCGUCUGGCUCCGGCCGCGCUCCAGCCCGGCCUCCGGGGUUGCCUGCCCUGGGAGCACGUGUCCCGCCCAUCCCCGCAGACUGUGCUGGAGGCUGGAUACUCGACUUCCUGUGUGGAGAGGGCUGAAUAAAGUGCCGUCUUUCUCACCGGA